AGAGUAGUAUUAAAACAGACCAAUGAUAUCGUGAAAUCGCGUGGAAUUUAUUAAAACGGUGUUCGGUCACGAAAGUUUCGCCUUUCGAUUUAAUUUAGUUAGUGUCUGCGCAUUUCUGAACGAAACACGCCUGUGUCACUGCCUGUUACCGCUCCCGCUGUCAUAAUAAAAACAUGUUUGAGGAAUCAAAGAAUAAAAGUUUUUUAGGGUUUGAUUUUAGUACACAGAGGUUAAAAGCACUAGUAAUCAAUGAAGACUACAAUGUACUCCACGAGGCUGAUGUUGAAUUUGAUGUUGACUUGCCUGAGUUUAGGACCGCAGGGGGUGUGGUGCGCGGCGAGAAGGGUGAGGUAACAGCACCUCCCCUUUUAUGGGUGAAAGCAUUAGACAUGGUUUUGGACCGACUAAUUGUAGCUGGACUAGACUUCUCCACUGUGUAUGCUAUAUCUGGAGCAGCUCAGCAACACGGUUCUGUGUGGUGGUCGAAAGAUGCCGAAGCGAAAUUAGGCAGUUUGUCAUCAGACGACUUCUUGCACACUCAGUUGGCGUCCGCAUUUUUGUGCGACUCCCCAGUUUGGAUGGACUCUAGUACGUCUGCCGACUGCAGGGCUCUGGAGGAAGCCAUGGGUGGACCAGAGGAAUUAGCUAAAAUCACAGGAUCUAGGGCGUACGAACGUUUUACCGGGCCACAGAUUCGUAAAAUGUUCCGUACUCGGCCCCGGGUGUACCAGGCCGCGCCCCGGAUAUCCCUGGUGUCCUCGUUCGCGUGCUCGCUGUUCCUGGGCAAGAUCGCGCCCAUCGACCUGGCGGACGGAUCCGGAAUGAACCUUCUGGACAUUAGGACUAUGCAAUGGGACGAACGGGCACUGAAGGCAUGCGGGGACGAGUCGCUGAUCCACAAACUGGGUGCGGCAGUCCCCAGCGCGAGCGACGUCGGGCCGGUGUCCGCCUACUUCGUGCAGCGGUACGGCUUCAGGCCCGACUGCCGCGUGGUGGCCUUCACCGGGGACAACUGCUCUGCCCUGGCCGGCCUUAGACUUCGUUCGGGUUGGAUAGGGCUCAGCCUGGGCACCAGCGACACCCUGCUGCUCGGCCUCACGGAGCCCGCGGCCCCGGCGGCCGGCCACGUGCUCGUGGGGCCGACUCCCGACGCUCCGUACAUGGCGUUACUGUGCUUCGCCAACGGCUCGCUGACGAGGCAGAACCACAGGGACCGGCUGGUGGGCCCGAGCUGGGAGGCGUUUAAUGAGCUCCUCAGGUCGACCGUCCGAGGGAAUAUGGGAUUCAUGGGAGUGUACUACGACACAGCAGAGAUAGUGCCGCGCCGCGCCGCCGCCCGCCUGCUGCAGGCCAGCGGAGGCCGCGCCGUGCAGGCCGGGGCUCCGGCGGCGGAGGCCCGCGCGCUGCUGGAGGGGCAGGCGCUCGCCCGUAGAGCGCACGCCGAGGACCUGCACUUCACUAUCGGCCCCUCGUCCAAGCUGAUAGCGACCGGGGGCGCCGCCGCCAACAAAGAGUUCCUCCAGAUAUUUGCUGACGUCUUCAAUGUUCCCGUGUACGUACUGGGCGAGCACGGCAACGCGGCUCUGCUGGGGGCCGCCGUCCGCGCCGCCGCGGUGUGGUCCCGGGACGCCGCCGUGUCGCUGCCAGGCUCGGAGCCCACCCUGACCCCGGUGGCGACGCCCUACCCGGACCACGACGCCAUCUACACGCCGAUGCUGGCGCGCUACCGGCAGAUCAUCCAGGAGAUGCCCCGGCUGCACUGAUUUCCCCCCGCACUACCGACCUUCCACAGAUCAAGCGUCUCCUCCUCGCGCCGUCACCCCACUACUGAGGGUAAAUAGGGUUGCCACCAUUUUUUUGCAGAUAAAGUGCACUGGUUAUUAUAGGUAGGAAAAAAAGAAGCACAUAGUAUUAAAAUAAAGUAUAAUUUAUUUAUAAUGAUCAUUAUGUUUAAAUGCAUAUUUUUAUUACAAUUGACCAAAUUAAACAAGAAAUUGUGACAAUUAAUGACAGUGACAUUGUUGACAUUUGAAGUUAAGUUGCGUUCAGAAUUGAUUGUUAAAAAAACGAGUGCUUAGAUGACGUUGCGUUGACGAGUGGCGACAUUGAUUGAGCAAUCGAUGUAUUUCGCUUAACGAAAAAAUACAUAUUAUGACUAAACUUUUCAAAAACCCAAAAAAAAAACAUGACAAAAAGUAUUGAAGUGAAACUUCUUUAUCGGCGUUGGAAAAAAAUUUACCGUCACAUUUUUCGGUUACGCGUCACAUUUUUCCGUUACGCGCCAUCUUUUUCUUCACCAUUCAUUGUUGCCGUACACAAGUGAAGGUGCCUCUUUACUCGGUAACAAUAAUUAUAAAAUACCGAUGAUUUUAAGUGGAGAUUUUAAUGUAAAUUUUGCAUCGGAAAAUUCUUUGAAGCUAGUUGAAUUUCUGAAAGAUAAAUUGAAUUUAUCCAUGAAAAACAGUCCUCAAACGUCAACAACAAGAUCUGGCACUACAAUUGAUGGAGUUUUUACUCGGUCACUAAAUUUCGUGGAAUGUAAACCAUAUAUUUCAUAUUUCAGUUACCAUAAGCCAUUAAUUACAAAAAUAUAUAAUGACAAUGACAAUGAUAGUAAUAAUUCUAUUACAAUUAAUGAAAUGCUGUAAUAAUCUUAGUAGUUUGGGGAGGCUUAGACGACAAAGGGAAGAUCUUCCACCGAGCGGAUGAUAUUGCUCGGUAGACCGACGGUCCGAAUGUUGUUGUUCGGAACUUGUAUAUAUGCGUUUUAUCUUGAAAAUGUCGUAAGCGAGAUUCAGGCAUCUGUCAAUUAUCUUGCGUUGUAUGAUGGCUACCCGCCACAUCACUCCCCUCCGAGACCGGAGGUCGUGUCAUUUUAGUUAUCGUUGUCCGUGCUGAGAUUAGCUUGCAAGUGCCAGUGCUGCUCGAAGCUUGCGGUGAGUCGAAACUGAGCUUGAAUGCUGCGUGAUUGUCGCCAGUGCUGCUCGAAGUCUGCGGUGAGUCGAGACUGAGCUUGAAUGCUGCGCGAUGAGGCAGUGUAGGUGCGUGCCGUAGGGCCAGGAAGCGCGGUGAGUCGGCUACGAUGGUCCUGCUGAGGCUGCGAUGCUGGCUUGCUGUGGGACGACUGUCGAUGACUUGCUUUUAUCUGCGAGAAUGCGGGGAUUGUGGUAGCCGAAGUUCUUGAUGCGCCGAUGAUGAAUCAGAAGGUUGCGAUUGUUCCGUCGUAGGUCACCAGUUGUAGGAAUAUACGACAAAGGGAAGAUCUUCCACCGAGCGGGUGAUAUUGCUCGGUAGACCGACGGUCCGAAUGUUGUUGUUCGGAACUUGUAUAUAUGCGUUUUAUCUUGAAAAUGUCGUAAGCGAGAUUCAGGCAUCUGUCAAUUAUCUUGCGUUGUAUGAUGGCUACCCGCCACAGUAGCAAAAAGGUAAAGUGAAAUAAUUGUAUUAUUUGUAUUCAUGUCUAUGAUAAUAAAAUCCUUUUGUUUAAACUUUAUCUAAUUUAACUUUAUUUAACCAAUUUCUAGAAAGUUGCAUGUAGAUCAUUUUUCGAAAAAUAAGGCCAUAAACAAGUUUCACUUCUUACGUGUGUACACUAGUACACGCACACAUUUUUAUUUUCGUAUGCUUUAUUUUUCACAUAAAGUAUAUAAUACAAUUUACCUGAAAUAACGUACAAUAUUUUAUUGUAAAUUACGGGUGGCAACCCUAGUCGUAACCAUGUUUCAACAGGAUUUUACUCCUUUUUAUACCCCUCCAGCGCCUUCGAUCAUUGGUCGCAAGAAAGGCUUCGUAUGGACAUCUCCACAAUUAUCCAGAUAAUUCUUGACAGGUCGAGUAGCUUCGAUAUGUGUUUCCGCUAUCUGACAAUAGAUGGCGUUGUACUUCUCGAGCGUUCUCGAUUUUACUAGAUCCUUUGAUAUUAGCUUCCGCCAUUCGACGAUAGAUGGCUCUUACCGGCGUAACAAUAUUGAAUCAACUAUUGCACUAGUACACUUUUUGGGUAAAAUCCCUAUUGACUCUUUAAAGUAGCUUUUUCACUAUCCUGCCUCGUGAUGACUUCUCAUGGGGAUAUUUAUAUCCCAAAAGUAUGUGUACUGGAAAAAACUGUGAUCAUAGAACUCAUAUCUUAAGGUGCAUUGGUGUUGUAGAUAUCUAUGAGCUUCGGUAAGCACUUAACACCAGGUGAGCCGUGAGCUCGUCCACCCAUGUAAACAAUAUAAAAAAACGUUAAACGUAAGUCAAAAUGCUUUAUUGUAAUAUAUCGUUACAUAAUGUGUAGUUUACGAUUGUUGCUUAAUUAAUAUAUUACACUUAUUUAUUGAUGACUAGCGACCCGCCCUUGCUUCGCUUCGGCGACAUGAAGUGUUAUUAUUGAUAGCUGAGUACCGCUAAGUCUAAAAAAAGUAGCCUAAGCUACUCCUUAUAUCAUCAGCUACCUACCAGUGAAAGUCUCUUUAAAAUCGGUCCAGCCUUUUCAGAGAUUGACCGGAACAAACAGACAGACAGACAUACAAAAAUUGUAAUAAAUGCUAUUUUGGUGUAUGUAUAUACCCUAUAUAUAUUCAUAUGCAUGUAGUAAAAAGCGAUUAUUUCAAUACUACAAACAGACACUCCACUUUUAUUUAUGUGUAUAGAUAAAUAUGAAAUUUAAUAUAUGUAUAGAAGAUAUUACAUUACUAUCUCGCGUUGUGUACCCAUUUAACAAUGGUUUCGAAUUAUUUUGAUACAGGCUAUUAAUAUCAUCAGGUUCUCGUUAAGUAAAACAAUGCAUUCCAUAUUUGUAGUAAUUGGAUUUAAGAAGAAUACAAAAACAAAAAAAAAUUUUAAAGGAUAAAUCGAAAUUUAAUGUUAACGUUUCAUAUCAAAAUAUCAUGUAUACAGGGUGUGUAAUUCGCGAAGUCGAAUAAGUAAUAGAAACUAUUUACUCCGGGACUGGAGGGUUCCCGGGAGCCGAUAUUCCUUUAUUGAGCUAAGCUUAAAUACUCAUAGUGUUUGUAAGUUCGUAUUUUGUAAAGUUUUAAUUUUUGAUCACUUCCUUUGGGACCAAGGAUUCCAUGUGUCAGCUCUAUAUUAAUUGUCACUAAAUAGCCCGGUCACCGUCCUCGCCGAACCCGUCGUUUGCGACGAAGGGCUCGACGAGUAAAUUAACCCUCAGACACAGCCCACUGAGUUUCUCGCCGGAUCUUCUCAGUGGGUCGCGUUUCCGAUUCGGUGGUAGAUUCUGCAAAGCACUGCUCUUGCUAGGGCCAGUGUUAGCACUCCCGUUUUGAGCUACGAAAUCUCACCUAAACGUCAAGGACAAGCUGAAAUAGCUUCUCAAGGCUAGCAGUAUAGGUAGGAAAAAAAGUCACUAAAAUCGAGUGCAACACUAAAAUAUUUUUCUUCUAUUUUCUUCUUCUUCUAUUUUAGAAAAAAAAAAUAAAAAAAAAAAACAUUUUGUAGUAGACCAAAUUGUGAAUCUAAAAGAAAAAUGCAAAUUGAUUUCAUCAAAAUCGGUGUAACGUUGAGAAGGAUGCUUAGUGACACAUACACUUUCACACGCACAGAAAAAUCAUGUAUUAACAUAUCAUAAGAAUCAUAUAAGGACAUAAGGCUAUUUAAACAAGAAGUAGGUAAAACAGGGGAUUUUAAAGCUUUUAUAAACAUUCCAAUUGCAUUUAUUUAUGUUUUUUAUAAUCGAUAUAUAAAUUUUAUUUUAUAUAAUUUUUUUGUACACUUGUUGUUUAAUUUUAUUGUUUUCAUUUCGCAAUGUUGUUAUUAAUAUUUAAGGAAAUAUUGGGUUUUGUUUCUCGCGUAUAUUUAUCAAACGGUGCUAGGCAUUAUAUUCGAGUUUUACAUAUGUCAGAUUAAUGUGAAAGUAAAUUUAUUUUUGUAUAAUUAAUUGGCUUGGUAGAAAAACAUUUGUAGUUGAAAAUUUUGUAGUUGUUUGUUUUAUUUGUAGUUGAAGUAAAUGACUCGGUUCUAUUUAUUUAAUUAGUUAUCUUAGCUAAAUCGUGGAAAAUAGAAAAAUAGAAAAGUAUGAUUUUUUUUAAGCCACUGCAAGAAAUAAUUUCCAAAAUUGAUCAAUAACUAAAUAUAUCGCACCAUUAGAAUUGAAUAGGCUUAACUAAAAAAAUUUAAGAAAAUGAGUUUUUUACUUUGUAAGACUUAAAAACAUGUAUCUAUCUAUUCUUCUAUCAUUUAUAAAAUUAAACUGUCUCUUUUAGUCCAGAAAAAGACAAACGCACUCUUUCCAUCUCUUUUAAAUCAAGCACUGACCUUGACUUGAAAGCAUUAAAAUCGAAAAACUAAAAAAUUACAUUUGUUUAAUAACAUUGUCGUUUUCCAAAAAAAAAAACAAGUAUUUUGGAUUAAGCCUCUUUAAUUCUAAAGGUGCGAUAUAAUAAAUGUUGCACACUAAUGAAUCAUGAUACAUGAUACAUAUAAAAAACACGUAUACAAUUUUUUAAAUAGCUAAAAUUAAGCUUAAAUGUUUUUGUAACACCUUAAAAUGUUACAUAUUUGUAUCUCAUAAUAAUAUGAUCUGCAGGACUGUAGGAGCUCUAGUGCCUCGUGUCAACUAGAAUGUGAUUCAAUCAUGAAUGUUUUCGACUUGCUUUAUAAGCUUUGAAGGCAAUGCAUAUUUACAAUGUUUUUUUUACAUUUUUUAAUAAAUUUUUAAAAGUUUU